AUGUCGAGAGCUCAAGUAAAGAAGACAAUGACGAUUAUGAAAAAUCAAUGUAUGCCUAAAAAUGGCGUCACGAAUGAGAAAGUUGGUAAAAUCGAGCAAGGAGUUUUUCUAGAAGACCACGACGUAAUGUGUUACAUUGCAUGUGUAUAUAAAUUUGCUCAAGUUGUGAAAAAUGAUAGAUUAGAUAAGGACUUGAUUUGGAAGCAAAUUGAUAUCCUUUAUCCUGUGGAAAUAAGAGAACCCGUUAAGAAAUCCGUGGCAAAAUGUAUUUUACUUCAAACUAAUUAUGAUGACGGGUGUGAAGGAAUAUUCCGUGCAGCGAAAUGCCUCUACGACGACAAUCCCGACAAUUUUAUAUUUCCUUGA